AUUUGGCUGAUCAGUUUACGCUCAGAGCUCGUCGCGUAUAGUUCGUUUAGUCCGGUGCGCUGCACUUCGCUCGCUCGUCUUUGCCGAAAGUACAACGAAAGCAAACGUCGCCAACGAGCUGGAACACGAUAAUGAUGCUGAUAAUGACGUCGACGACGAUGAUCUGAUCCGGCGGCUGAUCGUGUCUCGUGUUAACUGCGGCAAAGUCAGCAAAGGCAAAAGCAAAAAGCAACAAAACACAACGAAACAAAACGUAAAAAAAAGAAAAAUAAACCAACAACCACAAAAAGAAAUUCAAAUUGUGAAACAAACUUUUUGUGCUGGGGGUAAAACCGAGCAAAAGGUAAUCCCAAAGAAACAAAAAGUAAAAGAGCAAAGUGCAAAGAAGAAGAAGAAGCAGCAGCAGCAGCAACAACGCGGCUACAGAAUUUACCAAUUGCAAAGCUUUAGCUGUUUAUUGCUUGCGUGUGUGCGUGUGUGUAAUAUAUCUGUGUCUGUGUGUGUGUGUGUUUAGUGGCUCGUGUUUUAACUUAAAUAUUUCCGCUAUAAAUGUUGUACAAGUUUAAAAGAAGAAGCUUCAGUUUGUGAUGAAUGCUUUCAAAAUUUCCACUAAUAUAAAUUGUGCCUAAAAAAGCAGAGCCAAAAUAAAAAUACAAGAGAGAGAGAGAGAAAGAGAAGCAGCAAACUCUUGGCGUGAUUAAUAUUAAUAAUUUUCUAAGAGCAACAAUACGCAAAAUAAAAAAGAAAUUGUUGUUGCCAUCUCUCGGUUGUUUCAAGCACGCUAUAAUUUAUUAUACAGCGACAGUUUUUUAUACCCAAAAAAAAAGUAUACGAAAUAUACAACAAAAAAGUAAUAAGAAGGCAACGCACAAAACAAAACGAAACGAAAGUCGCGACGGCAAAAAAAAAUAUAUAUAAAGAAGGAGAAACAUUCGUAUUAAUCCGAGUCACUUGGGUACUCGUUAUUCGUCUUCUUAUAUAUAUUAUAUAUCUGAGUGCUUAAAUGUGAUUUCGAUAAGAGUAGAAAAUCAUAAUUGAAAUUAAAGCCCUAAUAUUAUAAUUAAUUCGUUUUCAUGUGUUAUCGAUUCAUUUUUUGAUUGUGCAGUUUUGUCAAGAAUUCUUCAACAUUUUUAUAAUAUACAAUUCAAAUCUGGAAUUAAGAAAACAUAUUAAAAUGGCCUCCUCGCCCAAUCAAGCCGCACCUCCGGUUUUGUGGCGUGCUCGCCGUAAAAUUGGCCUGCAUUUGCGUAGCAUCGAGGAGCCAGCGUCAACGCCGCUGCAGCUAGCGGCUAGAAUGCCUGCGGAGCAGGGGGGCACAGGGUACGGUAUGAGCGAGCAUAGCUUGCUGAUUGCCACACGCACCAGUGUCCCCCUGCCGCUAUCCCAGCAACAGCAAUCACCCGCCCACUAUCAGUACAACAACAGCAGCAGCAACAUCAAUGGCAACAGCAGCAACAACAUUAACGGUGGCAGCAAUCACACAGCAACAACUGGAGGUGGUUAUGUUGCCACCACAGCUGCUGCCUAUCAGCAACAUUCACAGCAACAACAACAACAGCAGCAGCAGCAACAGUCGCCGCAUUUGUUGUACCACCAUCAGUUGCAGCAGCAACAGCAGCAGCAUCUGCAACAUCAAUAUCAGGGUUAUUCCCAUCAAUAUCAUCAGGCAGCAUCGCCACAACACAGUCGACCCUAUGAUCCAGAGCAUGCGCGCAUGGAAGCGUGGAUGGAUGAGAAUCAGGAGUUUGUACAGGACUAUUUCAUAAGAAAGGCAACGCGUCAAACUGUGGAUGCUUGGCUGGUGUCGCAUGCCACAACCGCUGGCAACGAUGUCAUCAGCAGCAAUUCGCCCACACAUCCCAAUGGCCAGACAUGCAGCUCACGUGGCGGCUCCGGUGCCACAACUCCAGUGCGCAAAAUCUCAGCACAUGAAUUCGAGCGUGGCGGCCUCUUGAAGCCCAUUGUGAACACGAUCGAUGGCACACCAACAUUCUUGAGUAUUGGUCCGCAGCUGGACAAUUCGAGUGGCAGUUGCAGCAAUCUGCAGAAUGUUGGCGGCGUCGUUGCUGGCCAAUAUCAGUAUCAGCCGCAGCAUCAUCAUCACUAUCAUCACAAUCAUCCGCAUUAUCAGCACAGUCACUAUCAGGCUGGCGGCGCUGUUGGCAGCAGCACUGCGAGUGGCUCGAACAGCAGCAAUGCGAACAACGCACACAAUGCAACGCACAACAAUGCGGCACACAUGUCGUAUACGUAUCCCUAUCACUGUCAUCAGCGGCCACAGCGUUUGUCCCGCAACGAGCUGAAGCAACUCGACGAAAAGGAGCUGAUCUUUGAGCUGGUAAAGGACAUUUGUAAUGAGCUGGAGGUGCGCACAUUGUGUCACAAGAUCUUGCAGAAUGUCUCGAUACUGUUGAAUGCGGAUCGCGGUUCAUUGUUUUUGGUGCAAGGACGCUGCAAUGGCGCCGAUGGACUUAAAAAAUGCCUCGUGUCGAAGCUGUUCGAUGUUUGCCCACGCAGCACCGUCGAGGAAAUGGAACAGCAGGAGGAAGUGCGCGUUGCAUGGGGCACCGGGAUUGCCGGACAUGUGGCAGAGAGCGGCGAGCCCGUCAACAUACCGGACGCUUACCAGGAUGAGCGGUUCAAUUGUGAAAUUGAUUCGUUGACCGGAUAUCGAACCAAAGCGCUGCUCUGCAUGCCCAUCAAGGAUUCGGGCGGGGAUGUGAUUGGCGUGGCGCAGGUCAUCAAUAAAAUGAAUGGCGAAUGCUUCUCGGAAAUCGAUGAGAAGGUAUUUGCCUCGUAUCUGCAGUUCUGCGGCAUCGGAUUACGCAACGCACAGCUGUUUGAGAAAUCCCAGCUGGAGAUUAAACGCAAUCAGGUGCUGCUCGACCUGGCUCGCAUGAUAUUCGAGGAGCAGAGCACCAUCGAGCACAUGGUCUUCCGCAUUCUCACCCACAUGCAGAGUCUCAUCCAGUGUCAGCGUGUCCAGAUCCUGCUCGUCCACGAGGCGGACAAGGGCAGCUUUUCGCGUGUCUUCGACUUCGAGGCCAACGAUCUCAGCGAGGAUGAGGCCAAUUCCCGCACCAGCCCAUAUGAGUCGCGUUUCCCCAUCAACAUUGGCAUCACCGGACAUGUGGCCACCACCGGAGAGACGGUGAACGUGCCCAAUGCCUACGAAGACGAUCGCUUCGAUGCGAGUGUCGAUGAUAACUCCAGCUUCAAGCAUCGCUCCAUUCUCUGCAUGGCCAUCAAGAAUUCGCUGGGUCAGAUCAUUGGUGUUAUACAGCUGAUUAACAAGUUCAACGAACUGGACUUUACCAAAAACGAUGAGAACUUUGUGGAGGCAUUCGCCAUCUUUUGCGGCAUGGGAAUCCACAACACGCACAUGUACGAGAAGGCAAUUGUGGCGAUGGCCAAGCAGAGCGUCACCCUGGAGGUGCUCAGCUAUCAUGCAUCCGCCACCAUGGAUGAGGCUCAUCGGUUGCGCCGUUUACGAGUUCCCUCAGCUGUACAUUUUCACCUGCACGACUUUAAGUUCGAUGACAUCCACUUUGAAGAUGAUGAUACGCUGAAGGCUUGUUUGCGCAUGUUCUUGGAUCUCGAUUUCGUGGAACGUUUUCAUAUUGAUUACGAGGUGCUUUGCCGUUGGCUGCUGAGCGUCAAGAAAAACUAUCGCAAUGUUACCUAUCACAACUGGCGUCAUGCCUUCAAUGUGGCCCAAAUGAUGUUCGCCAUACUAACUACCACACAAUGGUGGAAGAUCUUUGGUGAAAUUGAAUGCUUGGCUCUAAUCAUUGGAUGUUUGUGCCACGAUCUCGAUCAUCGGGGGACCAACAACUCCUUCCAGAUUAAAGCAUCCUCGCCGUUGGCGCAACUGUAUUCCACAUCCACCAUGGAGCAUCAUCACUUUGAUCAGUGCUUGAUGAUCCUCAAUAGUCCCGGCAAUCAAAUAUUGGCCAAUCUGUCCUCAGAUGACUAUUGUCGCGUCAUACGCGUGCUUGAGGAUGCCAUACUAUCCACGGAUCUCGCUGUUUACUUUAAAAAACGUGGUCCGUUCUUGGAGAGCGUGCAGGAGCCGCUGAACUAUUGGGCGACCGAGGAGCCGCGCGCCUUGUUGCGUGCGAUGAGCAUGACUGUCUGUGAUUUGUCGGCCAUAACAAAGCCGUGGGAGAUUGAGAAGCGCGUGGCCGAUUUGGUUAGCUCCGAGUUCUUUGAGCAGGGCGACAUGGAGAAACAGGAGCUAAACAUAACUCCAAUUGAUAUAAUGAAUCGUGAGAAGGAGGAUGAGCUGCCCAUGAUGCAGGUCAAUUUCAUAGAUUCCAUUUGCCUGCCCAUCUAUGAGGCAUUCGCCGUGCUCUCGGAUAAACUGGAACCGCUCGUGGAUGGCGUGCGGGAUAAUCGUGGUCAUUGGAUUGAUAUGGCCGACGAUGUAAAAACCAAAACUAGUCAGGAUCAGCAGCCCAAGGCGCAGCAAAUUGUGAUAGCGAAUGGUGACAGCAAACAGGCGACAAGUGAUGAUAGUAUGGUGGACAAUGUGGUUGAUGCGGCUGAUGGAGCUGAGUCCGAGGCUGCAGCAGAAGCUGAUGCAUGCGUAAAUGGCUUGAGUGUUGACAAAAGCAACGCAACUACUAACAACAUUGCCAUCGCUUCUCGUCCCAGCAGCAACCAGCCAACCAGUGAUGAUGAUGAUGAUGUUAAUGAUGUAGAUGAUGAUGAUGAUGGUGAAGUUGUCGAUGUCGACACUCAUAUGGUGGCCCAGCUGGAGAAUGGACAUGCCAGCAACAGCAGCAAUAGCAGCUGCAUGUCCUCAAGCAGUUCGUCCACCGUUUCCAGUCGCCUCUCAACGCCACCGCCAACUGGCGAAGACGACAGCACACCCGUUUCUCCCUCAAAGACUCUGCAGGCCAAAUUGGUAGCCGCUAAUCUCAAUGCAUUGUCGCAGGGCAAAGCGACAGUUGUGGCAAAGCCUCGUUGCAAGAACUGCGAUCAGACACGCAUGCAGGUGCGCAAGACGAGUUCCUUAAAGGGGACCCAAGAGUUAAAUGGCUGUGCUGGCAAUCAUAAAAAAGAUGUUGCGCUCUGCAAAAGCACUCCAGCCAUAAACCAUCAGCAUAAUCACAACCACAACCACAACCAUCAUAAUCAUCACAAUAAUCAUCAUCAUCAUCAUCACCACUCGCAUACGCAUUCGCAACACAAUCAGAACCACAUCAUUGGUGGCGGCAUUGGCAGCGCCAGCAUUGGCGGCAGCGGCCUCAUUGGCCUCGGCGCGGAAAGUGAUAAAAUACCAAAAAUUGUGGGUAAACUGGGAAACCUCGAUGGUCUGACCUUUACCAAUGGCCACGGUCUGCCAUUCAACUAUCCACAGCAGCAACUGCAGCAACAUCAUCAUCAUUUGCUGGCACGUCGCCACUCGGAGACGAACAACAGCAAUGGAUUGGCGGCUGAUAAGUGAGGCGACGGCAGCCAGUUGAUAGCUUAAGUCAACCUCCCUUGGACUGUCAUUCAAGAAAUACUAUAUAUAUAUAAUAAUAAUAUAUAGUAUAGUAGAUAUUAUUGUACAUAUAUUUCUCACGCACACAUUUUGUAUAUAAUUUUGUAUCAGUAUCGAGAGGUCGCCGUAUCGCGCAGUGCAGUAAAACUAAAUAAUUAAAUCAUAAAUUUGAUAAUCGUAUAUAAAACAUACCAUAAACAAAUUGUGACACUGCAAUUUGAUUACAAACUAAAUAGAAAGAUUCCUAUAUAGUAUAUAUACUACACACGUGUAUAUUUAUCAGUGUGCAAACCUAUUUGUAAUUAUAUAAUGACACAAUAUGCUGUGUGUGUAACUUCAAUUUUAGUUUAGUUCCAAAUAUCUUCUACGCUAUAUAAUGAUAAUCUAUACGAGUAUAUAUAAAUUCAUUGCAAACCCCAAACCCAAAAUUAAAAAAACAAACGAAAGCAAAGUCAAAUUCUUUAGCAAAUUAAGCACAAAAUGUACCAAAAUUGAGAUACAAAAAAACAAAACAAGAAGAACACAUAAAAAGUAUUGUAUUCCUGCUACACUUGAUAAUACUACUCGAACAUAUAGUGUACAAUACGAUAGUACGAGUAGUAUUUGUAAUAUGCACUGCGGCAGUUUAGUUGAAUUAUCUGUGGGUAGCACAACAGCUUAAAUAACAAUUAACUCUAUGCAUACUAUAUAAAAUACACUAUACUAAGCGCUUUGUAUGUAUUUUUGUCUGCUGCGCUCUAUUCGAAUUUAAAUAAUUAUAAUUAUUAUAAACUAUUAUAAAACAUAUGCGAUAAUAACUAUAUAUACAAUAUAUACCACAAAAAUAUAUGUAUGUAACAUAUGUAUCUAUUCAAUCUCUCGUCUGCUCUGUCGUUGGGCUUGGCCCUAUGCAAAUGCCCAGCUCAGUUGAGAGAUUCAAAAAAGAAAAAAAAAAACAAAGAAACAAAAAAUACAUGUUGAAGACAACAAAGUAAAUUCAAAA